GAGUUAACUUGUCAUGUGAAUUAGCACUGCAGUAACAGGACUAGGCUAAUUAACCGGGUAAUUAAGUAGCGCUGACUCGAAUGCGGCAGAUUUGUGAUUCACUGUCAUACGAUUCAUUUGAACGAUUCGUCUCCCAAAGACUCACUCUCUUCGGCUGAAUCCCAAAAACUCCCCCUAAUGCACAGGACAGUGCACUAUUUAGGCAGAGGACAUCUUUAUUUCAUCGCUAUCGUAGGCACUCAUGUAGGGAAUACGGAGCUAUUUGGGACUAAGCCUGAGGUGCGCGUCACGAGGGGGAAUAGCUGAAAGAAUAAAGUCUCUCAUAUGCAGUGGUAGAGAGACAGCUAUAUCAACAGUUAUGUUAUGGUGUCCUCUUUGAUAUGAAAUGACAAAAACAUGGGGGCCAAAGAAUCCAGGAUUGGUUUCCUUUCUUACGACGAGGCGGUGAAAAGAGUCACUGACGUGGAGCUGAAAAGGCUGAGGGAUGCCUUCAGGAGGACCUGUGGCCUGUCCUGCUAUAUGAGUCAGCAAUGCUUCUUCAAGGAAGUGCUGGGGGACAUGGUUCCGCUCAAUAUCUCUGAGGUGAUCUAUAGUUCAUUUGGUGGCACAUCGAAAGGUCUGCAUUUUAAUAACCUUAUCGUUGGCUUGGUGCUGCUCACAAGAGGACGGGAUGAAGAAAAGGCAAGAUACAUUUUUAGUUUAUUUGCCAGUGAAUCAGGCAGCUAUGCUACGCUUGAGGACAUUGAAGCCAUGCUACAAGCUGUGGAUGGAGAAGUUCAUCCCUCUCUUAGGAAGUGUUUUACAGAGGCCGAAAAGGUCAAUUAUGAGAAGUUUAAGUGCUGGCUGCUUCAAAACAAGGACGCUUUUACCUUCUCCCGCUGGCUCCUCUCCAGCGGGGUGUGCGUGACUCUAACCGAUGACAGCGACACACCCACCUUCUACCAGACAUUAGCCGGGGUCACACACUUGGAAGAAUCGGAUAUCAUUGAUCUAGAGAAGCGAUACUGGUUACUGAAAGCUCAAUCAAGAACUGGACGCUUUGACUUGGAGACAUUUGUCCCAUUGGUAUCUCCUCCUAUUCAUCCAUCCAUCAGUGAAGGUUUGUUUCAUGCAUUUGAUGAGAACAGAGACAAUCACAUAGACUUCAAAGAGAUUUCCUGUGGGUUGUCUGCCUGCUGUAGGGGACCUCUGGCUGAAAGACAGAAAUUUUGUUUUAAAGUAUUCGAUGCUGACCGUGAUGGAGUUCUUUGUCGAGAAGAAAUCCAUGAGAUGGUUGUUGCGCUACUGGAGGUCUGGAGGGACAAUCGUACUGACUCAAUCCCUGAAUUACAGUCAAGUGUGCCUAAUAUUGUUGAAGGCAUUCUCAAAGUACAUGACACUACCAAGAAGGGCCAUCUGACUCUCGAAGACUAUCAGAUAUGGAGCGUUCAGAGUGCACUUGCUGCCGAGUUUCUCAACCUCCUAUUUCAGGUAUGUCAUAUUGUUCUUGGACUGCGGCCUGCCACUCCCGAGGAGGAAGGACAGAUCAUCAGGGGCUGGUUAGAGAGAGAAAGUCGGCAUGGCCUCCAGCCUGGAGAUUACUGGUUUCUUAUCGCUUCACAAUGGUGGCAGCAGUGGAAGGACUAUGUCAAAUACGACAACAAGGUGAUAGUGGUGGAACAACCCACAGUAUUUCCUAGCAGUAGAACACCUACCUCACCUGCAGGGAUGGAACAAGGGGGUCAGGGUCACAGUCAGGGUGAGGGAACAGCAAGCUCACACUCUUCCCCAGAAGAGAAGUUCUCUGAUAACAUCUCUAGCGCCUCUGAAGCAUCGGAAACGACAAGUGGCAGUCAGUAUUCACAUAAAAAUUCUCAGGUCUGGCCUCUGGCUACAGGGGGUGUUGAUGAUCUUUCACAGACAUGGCUCCUUUCUUGUCUAGGUCUCCUCCAUUCCAGCUCGACUGCCACAGAUAUCUGCUUCUCCCGACAGACUGAUUCGUCUGAGGUAGACAGCCAGAGUUUCCCUGGGGCUGAUGGGAAUGUGACAGCUCUCAGGCCAGGUGCCAUAGACAACCAGCCACUGGUGACCUCUGAGCCUCUCAAAGCUCCCACAUUAACAAUGGAAGGGGCGCUGCUGAGACGCUCUCCCAGCCUGCGUCUGGGCCAGGACUUUGAGAUUGUACCCGAGCCAGUUUGGAGAGCUCUUUACCACUGGUAUGGAGCAAACCUCAGCCUGCCCCGGCCAGUGAUCAGGUCGAGGGAUAUGGAGAAAGCCGAGUUAGAACUCUUCCCCAGACACCUGCUCUUCCUGAGGCAGCAGCCUCCAGCACGCACACCGCAGUCUAACGGUUGGAUGAACAUGGGUAGCAUGCCAUCUCCCACUACCCCUCUGAAGCGGGUGCUGGCCUACACUGGCUGCUUCAGCCGAGUGGGAAUGAUAAAGGACAUUCACGAGUAUCUGUCUCAGAGGCUCCGGAUUAAAGAAGAGGAUAUGAGACUGUGGCUUUACAUGAAUGAGAAUUAUUUGACUCUUCUUGAUGAUGAGGAUCAUUCACUGGAGGCACUGAAGAUCCCUGAUGAACAGUACAUGGUUAUUGAAGUGCGCAACAAAGACAUGAGCUGGCCUGAGGAGAUGUCAUUUUUAGCCAACAGCAGCAGAAUGAACAGACACAAAGUACCCACUGAGAAAGGGGCCACGGGACUCAGUAACCUUGGCAACACGUGUUUUAUGAACUCCAGCAUUCAGUGUGUGAGCAACACUAAACCUCUUACAGGAUACUUUACGUCUGGGUGUCACCUUUAUGAACUUAACAGAACUAAUCCUAUUGGGAUGCGAGGACACAUGGCAAAAUGCUACGGUGAUCUGAUCCAGGAACUGUGGAGUGGUGCUCAGAAAAGUAUUGCUCCAUUGAAACUCAGGUGGACUAUAGCAAAGUAUGCGCCACGUUUUGAUGGCUUCCAACAGCAAGAUUCUCAAGAACUGCUGGCCUUUCUGUUAGAUGGCCUUCAUGAAGAUCUUAACCGUGUCCAUGACAAACCCUACGUGGAGCUGAAGGACAGUGAUGGCAGACCUGACUGGGAAGUUGCAUCAGAGGCGUGGGAGAAUCAUUUGAGAAGAAACCGCUCUAUUGUGGUGGACCUGUUCCAUGGUCAGCUUAGGUCUCAGGUCAAGUGCAAAACCUGUGGCCACGUUAGUGCUCGCUUCGACCCAUUUAACUUCCUUUCCCUUCCUCUGCCCAUGGACAACUCCAUGCACCUUGAGAUCAUAGUUAUAAAGCUGGAUGGCUCAACGCCAGUGAGGUACGGUCUUCGACUCAACGUGGAUGAGAAAUACUCCGGCUUGAAGAUUCUGCUAAGUGAAUUAUGCCAUCUGAGACCAGAACAAAUCCUCCUGGUCGAGAUCCAUUUGUCUUGUAUUAAGAAUUUCCCAUCCGAUAAUCAGAAAGUGCGGCGUGCUGUGAGUGGUUUCCUAUGUGCUUUUGAAAUCCCACUGCCCUCUACACCUUCGCCAGACUCCUCACCAAAAGAAGCAGGCUCUGAGGACCUUCCGAAGGUUUCAAAUGGAACCAGCCCAGCAGUCUCCAGUGGUACAUCUCUGAGGCUUGACAUAAUUCCUAAGGGCAUGCCAAAUACCGUGGUUCCCUGUAGCACAGAAGGCAGCCCUGCCAACGGCCUCCCUAAUGGCCACAUCAUGUUGCACCCUGCCAGCCCCUUCACUGGGUACAUCAUUGCCAUCCACCGGAAAAUGAUGCGUGCCGAAUUAUAUUUCCUGUCUUCUCAAAAAAACCGGCCCAGUCUGUUUGGCAUGCCACUAAUUGUUCCCUGUACAGCAGACACACGUGGUCGUGACUUGUACAACACAGUGUGGACACAAGUGUCCCGAUUGGCUAGCCCUCUGCCCCCUCAGGAGUCGAGCAACCAUGCACAAGACUGUGAUGACAGUCUGGGUUACCACUACCCCUUCACCCUGCGUGUUGUGCAAGGAGAUGGGAACUCUUGUGCCUGGUGUCCGUGGUAUAAGUUCUGCAGAGGCUGUAUAAUAGUGUGUAAUGAUGACAGGGCUAUUGUAGGCAAUGCUUGCAUAGCUGUUGAUUGGGACCCUACUGCAUUGCACCUCCGCUACCAGACGUCCCAAGAGAGGCUGGUGGAGGAGCAUGUGAGUGUGGAGCGGAGUCGUCGUGCUCAGGCAGAACCAAUCAGUCUAGACAGUUGCCUGAGAGCCUUCACCACCGAAGAGGAGCUGGGUGAAAAUGAGCUCUACUACUGCUCCAAGUGCAAGACCCACCGAUUGGCCACCAAGAAACUGGACAUCUGGAGACUUCCACCAAUACUGAUUGUGCAUUUGAAGCGGUUCCAGUUUGUCAACAAUCGCUGGAUUAAAUCUCAGAAGAUCGUGCAGUUUCCCAGGGAUAACUUUGACCCGAGUGCAUUUUUGACCCCACGGGAAGUAGACCACAAUCAACAGGGGUGGAGAGGUGGUUUGGCAGAGGAGCUGUCCGAAAAGGAACAUGGGACAAAUUCUGGAGAUCCCCCCCGAAUUCCCACAUCACUCAACGUUAAUAAUAUUAAAGAUUCCCUGAGCUCUGGUAGGUUGUUGUCUUCCUCCCUCAGUCGAGGCUGCAGUCCCAUCAGCAGCCCUAAAGGCGACAUGUGCAAGCAGGGGCACAAGAAGGCACCCCGGCAGGACUCACGUCUGCAGCUGUCUCUCAGUCGGGAGAGCCUGGACAGUGGCAGAGAAAGUCCAGUGGAGCUGGAGCACAUCAAGUCUGAGAACCAGAAUGAAGCUGAAGCUACAGGCCUGGACUCCGCACUGGGGGAUGAGCCAGUCAGAGACUGUGACAACGCUACGACAGUUUCAGAACUGGAGAGCAAUGGCUGCACUGAGGACAGCAUAGACCUGGAGGCCUCACAGGACCAAAGAGACAGGAUCUGUCUGGAGCCUAUCUAUGAUCUGUAUGCAAUAUCGUGUCACUCAGGGAUACUCGGAGGAGGCCAUUACGUCACCUAUGCCAAAAACCCCAAUGAGAAAUGGUACUGUUACAACGACAGCAGCUGCAAGGAGGUGAAUCCAGAGGAGACCGACACCGAUUCGGCAUACAUCCUCUUCUACGAGCAGCAGGGAGUGGAUUACUCUCUGUUCAUGCCAAAGACUGACGGGAAAAAGAUGGCUGACACCAGCAGCAUGGACGAGGAUUUUGAAACAGACUACAAGAAGUACUGUGUUGUUCAGUGAUGCCUGCGCUCUCAUCGGUGUCUGAGAAACACUCAAAACGAUCCACUCUCUCAGAUUGAGAAAGGGUUUUUUUUUUUUUUUCCCUCUUUAACUUUUAGCCAAACUGUGGUACUGUCAAAUUCUUUUUGGCUUGCACUGUCUGACAAAUUGAGAAAAUGUCUGUUCUCUUGGCAGUUUGUCUCGCUCACUGUUUUUAAUUUCUAUGUGUUAACCUGUGAAUUUUUUUUUUUUUAUGUACAGAAUAAAUUAGUAAGUGCCGGUCACAUACUGUAUGAAACAUACGUGACAAAGGAUAGUCAUUCACAUCAAUGUGCACUUGGUACUAGUCUAUUUAUUGUUAAACUUUUAACAGCAUCGUGACAUUGAUUUUAAGUAUGAUUUUUUUUUUAAGGAAUAAUCUUUAAUGGUGUCCUGUUCAUUGGUAUUUUAUGUAAUUUUAUGAUUUAUUAUUGUUAAUUUCUUUUAAAGAAAGAUCGGAAGAUUCUAGACAUCGUAUUUUGUUGAUAAUUAUGUAUGCACUUUUCUAUGCUUUAAGUUGCUAUCUUGGUUACAUUCUGCAAUGUUGCACAUCUUGAAUGUCAUUCCACGCUCGUUUACAAAGUGUCAUCGUAGCAUAUGGCAUAACCGUUGUGAAACGUCGUUUUUUAUUUUGUGACUCGAACCAUUUUUCUCUGUGCCAACCUGAUUCGUUCAUCAUCCUGUAGUACAGUUUGUGCCACUGUGUUGUCAAUGUUGUCUUUGCUCAGGAUAACGAGAGUUAUAAAUUGUGUUAGCAUGCCACAGAGGAAGCGCCUGAGCACUUUAUUUAUUUGUAGCUUACAAAAGAACAAAAAAAAAUAAGAAAUUGGACCCUUCGACUUGUCAACUGUUUAUUACUGAACAUAAAGCAUUUUACAGUGUGGACCUCUGUGCUGUAAUAUUCACUCUGCUCAGAGAAAUCUGAGAUCAGUGAGUUAAACAAGUACAGAUAUUAGUAUUGUUUUUGAUUUUGUUACAUUGUGCCACUAUUUGACAUAUUUAACAUCAAGAAGUUGGAUUAGUAAAGCUUGUCGAAAUAGUAUUAAAUAUAACCCAAAUGUGAAACCCUAGCCCUGAUAAUCCUUCUUCUGUGUCUUUAACUGUCUCGUGUGUUAUGUUGAGUGCUAAACUGCACAUGGGUAAUAAUUCUUAUGACUGUUCUUUCUCUUUCUUCUGAAAUGAGUCCUAUGAUAGUCGAUUGCUACCUUAAUAAUCUACUACUGAAAUGGUCUUAAAAAAAAAUCAGCUUUUUUCAUUUUACACUAAACUAUUUGAUGUAAUACAUAUUAUGUUCAAAAUCAAAUAAUUUGCACUGGCUUAUUAUAUACAAUGUAUAUAGCCUGUUUUCUUUCUUUCAAAUAUGUGUAAAAGAAUAUGAAAUAUUAAACAUUUAGUAUGAACGAAAGCAGUGUUCAUAAAUGGAGUGGAUCUAAGGGUGCAUAGAGGAUUUCGGCACAAGCUGAUUGCACACGGAUAGCAGAGCCUGGACUUGUUUCAUCGCUCCUUGAGGGUUGGGUGGUUCGAAUCCUGCUUCUGCUCCCUGUGCGUGGAGUUUGCAUGUUCUCCCCAUGCUUCGGGGGUUUCCUCUGGGUACUCCGGUUUCCUCCCCCAGUCCAAAGACGUGUUGUAGGCUGAUUGGUGUUUCCAUUUUAUCCGUAGUGUGUGAAUGGGUGAAUUAAUGUGUGUAAUUGUGUCCUGCGAUGGGUUGGCACCCUGUCCAGGGUGUCCCCCGCCUUGUGCCCAGAGUUCCCUGACUCCAGGGAAGAGAGAAGAAGUGACAAUAAAAUGACAUCUUAACAUGUGAAAAAUACUUUGAAUAUAGUCUAAUCCAGGGGUUUCCAAACUUUUCCAGGGCAAGCCCCCCAAAUGGCAUUAACAUUUGACCGAGGCCCCCCUUUUGCAAGAUGUCUUUAAAACACAUUAAAAAUACAGACUUCUGAAUAUAUCCCCCCUUUUUUAUUAUUAUUAAUAAUUACAUCUUACAUCUUUACAUUAU